AUGUCGGGCUGGGACGCAUACAUCAACACGAUAACGGGAGCAUCUCCAGCGAUCAAGCGCGCCGCCAUCGUUGACGGCACGAGUGGCGCCGUAUGGGCUCGUACCCAGGACGCGAACACCUUCAGCGCUACGGAAGCCGAGCUGAAGAAAUUCGUUUCGCUUUUCGACAAUCUGAGCGACGUUCCGGCACAAGGUGCUGAUCUGGAAGAUGUGCACUACAUCGUACCGCGUACGGAAGAGAACCUCAUUUUCGGCAAGAAGGACAAAAGCGGAUUCUUCGCUGCUAAGACGAAGUCCGCAGUACUGAUAGCUGUGUAUGAAGGUGAAAAUCAAGUAUCCGCUCAAGUCCGCGCAUCCGUUGAGAAGUUGGCUAAGUAUCUGGAAAGCAUCGGCUAUUAA